AUGGAGCCUCCACAAAACGAUCCUCCUCCACCAGCUAUAGAGCCUCCACAAAACGAUCCUCCUCCACCAGCUAUAGAGCCUCCACAAAACGAUCCUCCUCCACCAGCUAUGGAGCCUCAACAAAACGAUCCUCCUCCACCAGCUAUUGAGCCUCCACAAAACGAUCCUCCUCCACCAGCUAUUGAGCCUCCACAAAACGAUCCUCCUCCACCAGCUAUUGAGCCUCCACAAACGAUCCUCCUCCACCAGCUCUUGAGCCUCCCACAAAACGAUCCUCCUCCACCAGCUAUUGAGCCUCCACAAAACGAUCCUCCUCCACCAGCUAUUGAGCCUCCACAAAACGAUCCUCCUCCACUAGCUAUUGAGCCUCCACAAAACGAUCCUCCUCCACCUGCUCUUGAGCCUCCACAAAACGAUCCUCCUCCACCAGCUAUAGAGCCUCCACAAAACGAUCCUCCUCCACCAGCUAUGGAGCCUCCACAAAACGAUCCUCCUCCACCAGCUAUGGAGCCUCCACAAAACGAUCCUCCUCCACCAGCUAUGGAGCCUCCACAAAACGAUCCACCUCCACCAGCUAUGGAGCCUCCACAAAACGAUCCUCCUCCACCAGCUAUUGAGCCUCCACAAAACGAUCCUCCUCCACCAGCUAUGGAGCCUCCACAAAACGAUCCUCCUCCACCAGCUAUUGAGCCUCCACAAAACGAUCCUCCUCCACCAGCUAUUGAGCCUCCACAAAACGAUCCUCCUCCACCAGCUAUGGAGCCUCCACAAAACGACCCACCACCACCUGCCAUAUAA